AUGUCCACCACUAUCCCCGCCCAGAACACUGUUGCUGCUGGGCUUAUCUACUUUGCUCCGCCGCCAGAUGGUUCUAAGCCGUACAAUAACGUCAACGCAGAUCCAAGCACCGGCCAACCGCGCAGAAAUUGGCUCGACGAUCCGCAUACGGUUCAGAUAGAAAAUAUCCGCGGGAAGGAGCACGAGUUCACACUCGACACCACUGGCUUCCAAUUCUAUCGUCGCCCCGCUACGCACAAGGCGUUCACGGAUGAUAAGGAAAUUGAACGAGAUUACUACCCCGAGAGCAUCGAGUUCGUGAAGGAGCUGACGGGCGCGAGCCGGGCAGUCGUAUUUGACCACACGAUUCGCCGGCGGCGUCCUGGCGAAAUUGACGACUCUCCCCAGAAGCGCCAACCUGUUCCCCUCGUGCACGUCGACCAGACGACGGCGUCCGCCAUCGCACGCGUACACCGACAUCUUCCUCCUGUGGACGCGCCGGAUCUCCUUCGACGCCGCUUCCAGAUUAUAAACCUGUGGCGACCGAUCUCGCACGCGGCAUAUGAUUGGCCACUUGCACUAUGCGACUACCGCUCCGUUGACCCGAAGGUGGACCUCGUUCCUACGACACUCAAGUAUCCAGACCGGGAAGGCGAGACGAUGAGCGUGCGCCACAACCCGAACCACCAGUGGAAGUACUUGAAGGGCAUGGAGCCUGAUGAAUUUGUGCUUAUUAAAUGCUUCGACUCAAAGACUGACGGCGUCGCCAUUUUGACACCGCACACUGCGUUCGAGGAUCCGAGUACGCCCGCGGAUGCGGCUUUACGGGAGUCGAUAGAGCUGAGGUUGCUUGUAUUCUAUGACUGA